AUGGCGGUAGGCACCAUGAAGGACCUUCCUGUACAAAAUAUUACAUAUACAGACUUUAAACUGAAUGGUUUCUAUAGUUUAGGAGAAUGGAGGCCUUUUUUAUUCAUCCCUUUCUUUCUGAUGUUUGUAUUGUCUACAUCAGCAAAUUCUAUUCUCAUAUAUUUAAUCAUAUCUCUGAAGUCUCUGCAUUCACCUAUGUAUGUACUUAUAGGUUUUAUGUGUCUUUCAAACUUAAUAAUGCCCAUAUCGUUUGUACCCAGCAUGCUUCUAAGUUUUUUAUUUAAUUGGAGUGGGAUAUCCUUAACUGGUUGUGUGAUACAAAUGUUUUGUAUUUAUUUUACUGGUUCAUUUAAUACAACUUUGCUAUUUUGGAUGUCUGUAGACCGUUACUUUGCAAUAUGCAAACCUCUUUAUUAUCAUAAGUACAUGGAAAUAAGCAAUUUUAUUAAGUUUGUUAUUCCACCAGUAAUGAGAAAUGCACUACUGGUGAUUAUAAUGGUCUCUCUGGCUGGAAAACUGUCAUAUUGUACAAAUAUAAUCGAUCACUCUUUCUGUGAACACAUGCCAUUGGUUCAGUUGGCAUGUGGUGAUAUAUUCAUUAAUAAUUUUGUAGGUCUUUUGACUGCUUUUGCUAUACCAGUUACAGAUUUUAUUCUUAUUACUGUUUCUUAUAUUGUGAUUUUUACAUCUCUGUUCAAAUCUGGUAAGGCCCAUUCAAAGGCCAUUAACACCUGCAUAACUCACUUCUUUGUUAUGACAGUUAGUUUGAUAUGUGCUUUGAUUGCAUUUUUGAUUUACAGAAUAAGGAAUAAUAUUUCUUCCAGCAGCCGUAUAUUCGUUGGCAUCUUGUACUUACUUGGUCCAAGCUGUUUAAACCCACUAAUAUAUGGAUGGAGAACAAAUGAAAUAAGACAGACAUUUCUUAAACUUAUAAAUGUAAAAGUUUUGCCUUUUUUAGAAUAAUAAAGGGUAAAUAAAAGGACCUUUAAGCGAUUAUAUAGUGAACAUGUGAUUAUAAAACAGGGGGCUAUUAUUACGAUGACAUUUUGUAACGACAAAGAAAGCUACUUAUAAAAUGUAUUUUGUAAAUAAAUGUAUAAUAAAUAUUAAAGAAAAAACAAUCAAAUGUAUUUCCUUAUUCAAAACACUAAUGAAUAGAAUACAACUCUGCAAUAUACAACAGCCCAGCUAGCCAAAAUAUGGACUCGUUUUCUUUAAGGGGGCACAUUGAGCAUAAACAAACAUUCAAAAUAAAUAUUAUAAGAUCAUUCACUUUAGUCUUUUUCAUGGCA